AUGCAGAAGCUCGCUAAGCGGGUUGCCCAGGCCCAGCGCCAGGCCGGCAAACGAGCCCAAAAGGCCGCCAAAACCGAACAGACCAACUACAAACUUCGAAACCGACAGGCCAUUCGAGCGGCUGUGGCUGAAGUCCGACAGAAUCUCCAGGAUGCGCGCCGUGCUCGACAGGAGGAUUGGGAGUUGGGUCCUAUCGCCCCCAAGCGUGAUUUGGGAUUCAAUGGUUAUGGCAUGUUCUCCGAGGGUGUACGAACGGAUUGGUCCAACUAUGGUCUCUACAACCCUCGACCCGAGAUUUUGAGGAAGAGAUGUGCCUGGGCUGGUGGUGUGAACCAGCUUAGUCUUGCUGUUUCUGACCGAGUGGUUAUUAUGGAUGGCCCAGACAAGGGAAAGAUUGAUCGCAUCAAGUCGAUCAACAUCCAGGCGGGGCAUGUUACUCUUGAGACUCACAACCGGGCUAUCUCUUCAGGCAUGUUUGGAAACGACAGUCGCUCUCAGCCUAUGCCCCUCGCGAUCGAUGCUAUCCGCCUGGUCUAUCCUAUCACCAACCCCGAAACCGGAGUCACAAGAGACGUCGUCAUUCACGAGCUCAAGUCCAUUCCAGCAAACAUGAAGUCCCCUAACAUGACACUCGACCGAUGGGAGCACGGAUACAAGUGGGACCGAAUUGUUCCUGGAAUCAAUGUCGUCAUUCCCUGGCCUGAGGUGCAAGUCCCCGAAGCGGAAACAUUCGAAGGCGACACUAUCCGAGAGACUGUCGAGGAACGAUCAUUCUACUACAACCUUCUAUCCCCGCCCAUGCCAGAGAACAUCAUCGACGAACUCCGUAACAAGUUCUCCAAGUUCCGAACACGCCACGAGGAUUGGUACGUGCAGCAGAAGGAGACCGAGGCCAUGUCAGAGCAGGCCCGCUUGGACUCUGUCAAGUCUAUGCAGACGCCUUUGCAGGAGUUCCACGAGAUGCAGCGCGAGAAGCGUGCAGCGGAGGGCGAGCCCGAGCUCAGCGAGGAGAUGCUGGAGAAGCUUGGUGCUAUUAUUGCGCAGCGCAAGGACGCUGCUCUCAAGAAGGCUGGUGUGUCAGAGGUUGCUGCUACAGAUGCUUCAUUACCCUCAUCAACGACAACACCCCCAACCCAAUAA